AUGAUUGUUGUAAAUUCUUUGCCACAUGUGGAUAUAUUUGCCAAGCAGCCAAUGCUUCACGCAGCUGUACUGUUCCGCCGCACCAGGGACCCAAAGAAUGACAGACGAGCGCCAUUUCAAUAUUUUGCAUACAACAGAGCAAUCCACAUAUUUGCUAAUGCCCUGCUAUUGUUGACACGACAAUAUGAUGCGCCCUUCUGCAGGACUCCAAAACUUUCGAAAUCACGAAGAAAUGCAAAUGAAGAAAUCACAAAGAAAUGUAAUAAAAGGCACUACAGGAAGAAACAGAGCCUG